AUGAGAAGAAAGUGUAAUUUGGAACUCUCUCUUUCUCCUAGCAACUUCUUAAUGGAGGAUCAACAAUUAGAGAAUGAGCAAUCACAACAGCUAACAAUAUUUUACAAUGGACAAUUUGUUGUUUCUCAUGUUACUCAGCUUCAGGCUAAAGCUAUAAUAUAUCGUGCAAGUAGAGAAAUGGAGGAGAAAACAAAUAAGAUGUCUGAGCCUUCAUCACCAUUAUUACAAACUCAAACUGGUCAUUUCAUGAAUAAAUCGCUACAAAGAUUUCUACAAAAGAGAAAAAAUAGAAUUCAAACAACUUCGCCAUACCAUCACUAG